AUGGCAAGCUUGACGGCUGCACCAUCGAAGAAGACAAGUAAAGGAAGUUCAAGUGCACAAUCAGUAAAAUUUGCACGUAGAACGUCUAGUGGACGAUAUGUUAGCAUGUCUAGAGAAGACAUUGAUUUGUCGGGUGAAUUGUCAAGAGAUUACAUGAAUUAUACUGUACAAAUCCCGCCUACGCCUGAUAAUCAGCCAAUGGAUAUGUCUAUUGCUGCUAAAGCAGAAGAGCAAUAUGUUUCUAAUUCAUUAUUUACAGGAGGAUUCAACAGUGUCACUCGCGCACAUCUUAUGGAUAAGAUCAUUGAAUCUGAAGUUUAUCAUCCUCAAAUGGCUGGAUCCAAAGGAUCAUCAUGUUCCAUGCCUGCUUGUGAUGGAAAGAUCAUGAAAGAUGAAAGGGGUAAUGAUGUCAUCCCAUGUGAAUGCAGGUUCAAAAUAUGUAGAGAUUGUUACAUGGAUGCACAAAAAGACGUUGGUCUAUGCCCCGGUUGCAAAGAAGCUUACAAGGUAGGGGAUCUUGAUGACGAGAUCCCAAAUUUUUCUAAUGGAGCAUUGUCAUUACCGGCACCAGAUGGUUCGAAAGGUAUGAUUAGGAGAAAUCAAAAUGGAGAGUUUGAUCACAACAAAUGGUUGUUCGAGACACAAGGCACUUACGGGUAUGGAAAUGCUUAUUGGCCUGAUGAUAGGGAUGGAGAUGAUGGUGAUAGAAGUAUGCCUAAGAACAUGUUGGAUACAUCUGCUGAUAUACCUUGGAAACCCCUCAGUAGGGUGUUGCCAAUGUCACAUAGCAUCAUUAGCCCUUAUAGGUUGCUAAUUUUUAUUCGACUAGUACUACUAGGAUUCUUCUUGGCAUGGAGAAUACAACAUCCAAACCCGGAGGCAAUGUGGUUAUACGUGAUGUCAAUUAUAUGUGAAAUAUGGUUUGCAUUUUCAUGGCUUCUGGAUCAGAUGCCCAGGAUAUCGCCAGUUAAUCGGUCUACUGACCUAGUGGUACUACGCGAGAAAUUUGAAAUGCCAUCACCAUCCAAUCCUUUAGGUAGGUCAGAUCUACCAGGAGUUGAUAUAUUUGUAUCAACGGCUGAUCCAGAGAAAGAGCCGCCCCUUGUCACAGCCAACACUGUCCUAUCCAUCUUAGCAGCUGACUAUCCCGUGGAGAAGUUAGCUUGCUAUGUCUCAGACGAUGGCGGUACCCUUCUAACAUUUGAGGCAAUGGCAGAAGCUACUAGCUUUGCUGAUUUGUGGGUACCAUUCUGCAGGAAACAUGCUAUUGAGCCUAGGAAUCCUGAAGCCUAUUUUCUCCUCAAGGGAGACCCUACAAAGAACAAGAAGAGAGGUGAUUUCGUCAAAGAUAGACGAAGGGUAAAAAGAGAAUAUGAUGAAUUUAAGGUAAGAAUAAACAGUCUGCAAGAUUCAAUAAGAAGGAGAUCAGACGCGUUUAAUGCUCGAGAAGAAAUGAAGAUGUUAAAGCAGAUGAAAGAGAAUGAGACUGAUCUUGCAGAGGCAAUCAAAGUGCAAAAGGCUAUUUGGAUGGCUGAUGGAACUCACUGGCCUGGCUCAUGGUCUAUCCCCAGCAGGGAUCAUCGCAAUGGUGAUCAUCCCGGGAUCCUUCAGGUAAUGUUGAAACCCCCAAGUAGUGAUCCCCUAAUGGGAGGGGGUGAUCAAGAUAAGCUAUUAGAUUUUUCGGAUGUGGACAUAAGGCUUCCAAUGUUUGUGUAUGUGUCGCGUGAGAAGAGACGUGAGUAUGAUCACAAUAAAAAAGCAGGUGCCAUGAAUGCCCUAGUAAGAGCUUCUGCCAUUUUAUCUAAUGGUGCAUUCAUACUCAACCUUAAUUAUGAUCACUAUAUAUACAACUGCUUAGCUAUUCGUGAAGGCAUGUGUUUCAUGAUGGACAGAGGUGGAGAAGACAUAUGUUUUAUUCAAUUCCCUCAACGAUUUGAAGGAAUCGAUCCCUCUGAUCGUUAUGCCAAUCACAACACAGUGUUUUUUGAUGGAAAUAUGCGCGCCCUUGAUGGUCUACAGGGUCCUAUGUACGUUGGGACGGGCUGCAUGUUUAGGCGAUUUGCACUUUAUGGAUUCGAACCAACAAAACCAGAUAAGACACCACAAAAAGAUGCAGAGGCUGAAGCAUUAAAAGCCACAGAAGUUGAUUAUGACUUCGAUGUGAAUAUACUAACUAAGAAAUUUGGUAACUCCACAAUGUUAGCUGAAUCUAUUCCAAUUGCUGAGUUCCAAGGUCGUCCUAUCGCUGAUCACCCUGCUGUCAAGUUUGGACGACCUCCUGGUGCUCUUAGAACCCCAAAGGAACCACUUGAUGCCACUAACGUAGCCGAAGCAGUCUCUGUUGUAUCUUGUUGGUAUGAAGAAAAUACAGAGUGGGGUACUCGAAUGGGAUGGAUUUAUGGUUCAGUGAUGGAAGAUGUGGUUACUGGAUACCGGAUGCACAAUCUUGGAUGGCGUUCUAUAUAUUGCAUCACCAAACGCGAUGCAUUCCGUGGAUCAGCUCCUAUAAAUCUAACAGAUAGACUACAUCAAGUACUACGUUGGGCUAUAGGUUCAGUUGAAAUCUUUUACUCAAGAAACAAUGCAAUUCUUGCAUCGCGAAAACUCAAAUUCCUCCAACGUCUUGCUUACCUUAACGUUAGCAUUUAUCCUUUCACUUCAUUUUUCCUCGUCGUCUUCUGUUUUCUCCCUGCACUCUGCCUCAUAUCCGGUCAAUUCAUUGUCCAAAAUUUCAACGUCACGUUCCUAGUAUAUCUAUUAACCAUAUUUAUCUGUAUCAUUGGUUCAGCUAUGUUAGAGGUAAAAUGGUCAGGGGUUGCUUUAGAGGAUUGGUGGAGAAAUGAACAAUUUUGGGUUAUUUCAGGUACUAGUUCUCAUCUUGCAGCUGUUGUGCUAGGUCUACUUAAAGUAUUCAUGGGAUGUGAAACAUCAUUUACUCCUACAUCUAAAUCCGUAAGAGAAGACGUUGAUGAAGCGUAUGCUGAAUUGUACAUGGUGAAAUGGACACCAUUGAUGAUACCGCCUAUAGUCAUUGGUAUGGUUAACAUAAUUGCAAUUGUUGUUGCAUUUUCUAGAGCGAUAUUCGCCAUUGUACCUCAAUGGGGAAAAUUCAUUGGUGGUGCAUUUUUCGCGUUUUGGGUGUUGGCUCACUUGUAUCCUUUUGCUAAAGGACUGAUGGGUAAAAGAAGAAAAACACCCACAAUUGUGUUUGUUUGGUCAGGUCUCAUUGCAAUAACAAUCUCAUUGCUAUGGAUAGCUUUUGGUAACCCACAAGCUGGUCCUGGUGCUGUACAAGGGGUUGCUGGUGGUGGCUUUCAAUUUCCUUAACUAAAUUUAAAUCAAAUAUG